AUGGUGUACUCAGACAACAGUGACGAUUCCCAAGCCAAAAUGCAAAAGGCUCUAGCAGACGAGCAAAAGAAGGCGAAAGAGGAAGAAGAGAGAAAGAAAAAGGAAGUGGAGGAGGAAGAGAAGAAGAGAAUGGAGGAAGAGAAGGCGAGGCAGGCACGGGUCCAAAAUACGUAUACUUUUACCGUUCUGGUGAAAAAGGCGUGA